AUGUUUUGGCGAUUCGGUGGCUAUGCGAAUAUCAGCACCAUAGAAACCUUAUUAGACAAGCCUGAUGUCACCCUCGAGACCUUACUCGAAGAACCAGACCUCAUCCAAGAGCUCAAACAGCAUAACACCAAACUUAUCGAAUUCAUCCGCGAAGAUGCUAUCAUUCGCAAACUCCUUGAAUAUGUCAUUGCAGCCAAGAUACCGGCUCCGACGGUGAUGGGGAUUCCUGGUGACGCUAAGGCUUUACCGCUCACUCCUGAUGAAGUGGUAGAAGCUGCAGAAAAGGAUGCAGAAGGGGAAAAAUCUACUGCUGAAGAAGGAGACGAUGAGAAGCCUGUUGAUGCUACCACCGCCGCUCCAUCGGACGAGGCAUCUCCUUCUUCACCGAAGGAAGAAGAACAACAACAGGCUGCUACUGCUGCUGCCGCCGCCGAACUUGCACCACCCUCGCCAUCUACGAGCGAAUUGGAAAGAGAAAAGGCGGAGAAAACCCGGGCUAAAUAUUCUUAUGUCUCCUGCGAGGUCUUGUCUAGCGAAACAUGGUCGAUAUGCGAGGCUCUUAUGGAUAAUCUCGACAACUUACGGAUGUUUUGGAAGUUUUUGGAGCGGCCUGCACCGUUGGAUCCUCUUCAGGCCGGUUACUUUACGAAAGUAAACGAAACCCUGUUCGAUAAGAAGACAGGGGAAAUGAUGGAUUUCUUCAAGUCGAUUGAGAAUAUUGUCCCCAUGAUGCUGAAGCAUAUCGACACUCCUCUUAUUAUGGAUUUGAUCCUGAAGAUUAUCAGCAUGGAGAAGUCAGAUGGAGGGAGUGGUAUUGUUGAUUGGUUAUGUGAAAAGGAAUUAAUACCCCGACUCCUAUCCUUCCUCUCUCCUGAACACUCUUCGACUACUCAAACUUCUACCGGAGACUUCUUGAAAGCGAUCAUUACCAUCUCCGCUAAUGCAUCCCAGAACGAACAAUCAUGCAUCGGUCCUAACAACCUCACUCGUCAGUUGGUAUCAGAGGAUAGCGUGGAGAGUCUUAUUGGUGCCAUGCUCAAGGGCGGUAACCCUCUUACUGUCGGCGUCGGAAUCAUAAUUGAAGUUAUUCGCAAGAACAACUCGGACUACGACCCGGAAGUACACGGUGGUAUCGAUUCUACUCCUUCUGGUCGGGACCCAAUAUAUCUCGGCAAUCUUCUAAGAUUAUUCGCCAAACAUGUACCGGAUUUUACAGGGUUAAUCCUGAAUUCCGAACCAACUGUUUUGAACGAAGACGGAACCCGAACGGUCAAGAGGAGGGAGUUGAAGGCUGCAUUUGGUGGAACAAUUGAGCCCUUAGGUUUUGACCGAUUUAAGACAUGUGAACUUAUGGCUGAACUUUUGCAUUGUAGUAACAUGGGUUUGUUGAACGAGAAGGGUAGCGACGAGUAUGUUAAAAGGAGAGAUUCUCAGAGAGAACAACUUCGACGGCAAAGGGAGCUUGAUCUGGCGACUCUUGUUGUUGGCCGACAGGAUCUGCGGGGAUCUCUUUACAAUCGUUCAGCUUAUCUUUCUGAGAAGAAGGAUGAGGAGGAGUUUGAGACUGUGGCGGUAGGGACUGUUUUAGAAGAGGUUAACGAUGGAGAGUUUGCAGAAGGACAGGAGAAGAUAAAACCAUCGAUAGUUGAGGAUCCAACUACCUCACCAAAGGAAGAUAAGCCGGAAACUGAAGGCUCGGAGCCGGUUGUUACGGAACUUGAUGUUCCAACUUCUUCCCAGCCUGUCGCAGCGCUCUCCCCAAUUACUGAAACUGCCAAGAGCGUCGAAGCUAUCAAGAUCGACGAUGAAGAUACGGUUAUGCAGUCUCCACCCCCAUUGGCUCCACUGGAUAAACCAGAAACUACGGACGACAAGACUGAUGCAGAUGAGCCAGAUGAGCACAUGUCAUCACCGCCGACAAUAACGGCGACUCUUGCUGAUCCUGCUUCGAUUUCUAAGCCCGAAAUUGUCGAGCCAGAAGUUGAGAAGAAUACCGAAAAGCCUCUACCACCGCUGCCAGAAAGUGCCGAGGAAGCGGCCAGUAGAGCGGUAAAGGACUUGCUCUUGGAUCCGGAGUUACUGAAAGCACCUGGUAUCGAUAUCGACACUGAUGGAAGACCGCUGGUUGGUGAUUAUUUGAAGAUGAUGUUUGUCCAGCAUCGAGUUGUCCCCACAAUACUGGACUUCUUUUUCAGGUUCCCCUGGAACAACUUUUUACAUAACGUUGUAUACGACGUCGUUCAACAAGUUUUCAACGGGCCAAUGGAUAGAGGCUUCAACAGACACCUAGCCAAUGAUCUUUUCAUCCAAGGAAGCAUCACAGAGCGAAUCGUUGAGGGACAGAAAGCAUCCGACAAAGCACAAGCAGAAUCUAAUAUGAGGUUGGGAUACAUGGGUCACCUAACAUUGAUCGCUGAGGAAGUGGUUAAAUUCGCUGAGCGACAGCCUGGUGCGGCAUUAGCCCCAUCGGUCCACGAAAAACUCCACGAUGCUGCUUGGGUGUUUUAUAUGGAGCACACCCUUACAGAAACUCGGGAAAGAGACAAUGCGAUCCUUGGUGGUGUGAGACCUGACAUUAUGUCCGGUAGACCUGGAAUGGGUGGUUCGAUGAGUGUAACGCAGACGUUUGGAGGUGGUGGACUCGGACAAAUUAGUGGUACGUCUGACACCGGAUUGGAUACUAUCGAACUACAGAACAGUGGAAUCGGCGAAGGCGCGGACAUACAGACGGCAGAAACAUUUGACGGCGACGACGGCGACGUAGGUGCGGACAUCGGCUCCCGAGAAGGACACCCAGAUGAGAGUGGCGACAAAUCGUUAUCCGGAUUCGGCAGCAGCUCGGACGAAGACGAAGAUGAGGAGAUGAACUUGGGGGACAGCGAUGACGACGAUCAAAUGAAGUUGGAGUUGACAGGCGACCGUAACCAAGUAAGAUACCUACAACUCUUGCUUUCAGAAGAUGUUGAGGACGAUAUUGAGGAUGAAGAGGAUGAGCACGGUGCGGGGAUUGGUGAGGAUUUUGAACAGGGCCAGAGCAGCAGCAGCGCUACGGAUACGAAUACGACAGCGAAAGCGACCACAGAAGCAGACCUUGAAGCAGAUCAAACAAAGAAGGAUAAGGAUGGCGACGAUGAUCAUGAAAUGGAAACGACGAAACGUGACGACGAUGACGAUGAUAAGAAGAAGAAGCAUGAACCCUUGGAGCCCUGA